GUUGCCCCGGCCGUGGGCGCGCGAUGGAGAGCGAGGGCUGGUUGUUUGGCGGCGAGUUCGAGGACUCGGUGUUUGAAGACCACCGGGAGCGGCGGGCGCUGCGAGCCGCAGUGGUUUUACGAAGAAGCGGAGAGCAGUGAUGAGGUCGAAGCCCUGACUCUCAAGAAAUUCAGAGGGGACCUGGCCUACAGACAGCGAGAGUAUCAGAAAGCACUGGAGGAGUAUUCCAGUAUCUCUGAAAAAUUGUCAUGUACUAAUUUUGCCAUGAAAAGGGAUGUCCAGGAAGGCCAAGCUCGGUGUCUGGCCCAUCUGGGGAGGCAUGUGGAAGCUCUGGAGAUUGCUACAAACCUGGAAAAUCAAGCCACCAACACAGACCAUUUAACCACUGUGCUCUCCCUUCAGUUUGCUAUUUGUUCAGGCUUGCGGAACUUGGAGAAAACAAUUUUCUGCCUGCAAAAACUGAUUUCAUUGCACCCUUUUAAUCCUUGGAACUGGGGCAAGUUGGCAGAGGCUUACCUGGAUCUCAGGCCAGCUCGUCCAGCAUCAUUGGCGUCAUCUCAGACACAGGCCCGUCUCAGCCCGAGCGGCAGCACUAUCAAAUGCUCCUGUCCACAUUCGGGAAGAGACUGUCCUUUGUGUUUCCCUGAAACCUUGCCCGAGUGCUCCGUGUUUUCUAUAGAAGCAAGUAGCCGUAAUAGCCAGAAAAAUGCGAAAACAGCUCUUACAGACACUCAAACCUGUGUGGCAGAGAAGACAGAGGCGGCGUGGGCGGAGACUCAGAUGAAAGCCUGCGCCUCCUUCAUUCGAGCCAGGCUUUUGCUUCAGCUCACUCAAUCCCAGCAGACGUCGUUCGCUUUGGAGAGGAACUUAAGGACCCAGCAGGAAAUUGAAGAUAAAAUGAAAGGGUUCCACUUCAAGGAAGAUGCUUUGUUGUUGAUAGCUGAGGUUAUGGGAGAAGACGUCACCCCAGAGAGAAUAAAAGAUGACAUCCAGUCGGAGGUGAAGUGUGUCGGCUCCGCAGCCCUGGCCGCCUUGGUGACUGCAUCCUCAGCAGAAUUCGAAGACAAGUGGUUCGGGAAGAUCAAAGACCAUUUCGGGCCCUUGGAAACUCAGGUCCGUCCAGAGAUGUGGAUCUUGGCUUAGGGGUCUGCCUCGAAACAAGCGGAAAGCAUCUCGCUUUAUAGAGAUAGCUGUCUUCGUGUACUUCAGACAGCAUCGACUGCUAAUCACGGGAUACAGGGAAUUAAAGGGGAUCAUUUUAUAAAAACCUUUUCUCCCAGA